UCGAAGAGCUAAUUUGUCGUUCAUUAGUUAUCUUAAAGUAACUGAUAUAAAAGUAAAAAAUCCUAAUCAGCGCCAUCCAAAAUUGUGAUGUAAUUUAAUUGGAAUGUUCAUAAACCAAUAGUAAAUACGGCGAAGCCAAAAAUAAUCCGUGUCGGAUUUGUGGUACACAUUCAUAACGUUUCACCGACAAGUUGCCCAGCCGAACGGAAAUAUCAGUUACCGUUGAACUUCUCGCCUUUACACAUACCGCCAAUAUUUAUAGUGUCUAGCCAUGUAUACAUUAAUGAUAUUCAUCAGAUUGAUACUAAUGAUAGCAGUUAUAAUGUGCAGCUCUGCGAUGGCAACCAAGAAAGACUGGCGCCCUAAAAUACUGGUGACCAACAAGGAAACCCCGACCAAAGGAGUUGACAUUCUGAAACAGAAAUGUGACGUUAUCUUCCCGGAAAAUGCACCAGCUACGAGGGAGGAAAUUCUGAAACUCGUUCCGGGAGUAGACGCAAUAAUGUGGGUCGGCCAUCAUGCUCUCAACGGCGAGGUACUGGAUCUCGGCGCCCCAACGUUGAGGACCAUUUCAACCAUGUCGGCCGGGAUGGAUUACGUAGAUCUCGAAGAAUUCAAGCGUCGUGAUUUUCCGCUCGGAUAUACACCGAGUGUCCUGAACGAUGCCGUGGCCGAUGAAGCGAUCGGUCUGAUGAUAGCUGCUGGUAGACGCUUCCACGAGGGUAGAUUGAAAAUCGAUAACUCCCAAUGGUACCUUGGUCCUCAAUGGAUGUUGGGUAAGGAUAUCAAGGGAAGCACCGUCGGUAUAAUCGGGUUGGGGGAAAUUGGUCAAGCUAUUGCAAGACGAUUGAAAGGAUUCGAAAUAGGGCAGCUUGUGUAUACUGGAAGAAAGCCAAAGCCAGCCGGAGAUACACUCGGGGCAAAGUUCGUAACUCAGGCGGAGCUUUUGAAGGAGAGCGACUACGUAUUCAUCGCUGUCCCGCUCAACAAUAGCACCCGGCAUAUGAUCAACGAGAGUACACUGAAACAGAUGAAACCAACAGCGGUGCUGAUCAAUAUAGCACGAGGAGAAAUCGUAGAUCAAGAUGCGCUGGUGAAUGCCCUGAAGAAUGGAACUAUUUUCUCAGCCGGACUUGACGUGAUGACUCCAGAACCCUUGCCAGCUGACAAUGAACUGUUGAAGCUACCAAAUGCGGUGAUUGUUCCUCACUUGGGAUCGGCUACGACGCGAACUCGCGACGACAUGUCAGUGAUUGCUGCGCAUAAUAUUCUGGCCGGUAUGGAAGGAUCUCCAAUGUUGGCUCCUUACCCAUAUUCAAAGUAAUUCCCUGAAGACUAAAUUUAUAAAGUUGUGUACAAAACACGACCGAGGUGAUAUAAAAAUGCUAUAUUUGUAUCGAGCAUAA